UCGGCGUCCGCGCUGAGGAGGAGGCGGCAGGGGCGGUUUUUAACCCCUUCCCCGCCGGGCGGCUCCGGAAGCGGCGGCCCCUCGAGGCGCGGCGCCGUGUCCUGUGCCCGGGCGGGGAGGGCUGGCGCAGGGUGGGGGCGAGAGCGGGGCGGGGGGGCCGCGGGAGCCGCUCCCUCCUCGCCCAGCCCGGCCCGGCAGCGGGAGGAGGGCGCAGAGCGCAGACAUGGCGGCCAACAUGUACCGAGUGGGAGAUUAUGUUUAUUUUGAAAAUUCCUCCAGCAAUCCGUAUCUUAUUAGGCGAAUUGAAGAGCUUAACAAGACUGCUAAUGGAAAUGUGGAAGCGAAAGUGGUGUGCUUCUACAGGAGGAGAGAUAUUUCCAACAGCCUCAUCAUGCUUGCAGAUAAGCAUGCUAAAGAAGUUGAAGAAGAGUCUGAAACUACAAUUGAGGUUGACUUGACUGAUAAACAGAAACAUCAGCUGAAACACAGAGAGCUCUUUCUUUCUCGCCAGUAUGAGUCUCUUCCAGCAACUCACAUCAGGGGAAAAUGCAGUGUUGCACUUCUGAAUGAGACAGAAUCUGUGUUGUCGUAUCUGGAGAAAGAGGAUACUUUUUUUUAUUCAUUGGUGUAUGAUCCAUCACUGAAAACGCUUUUGGCAGACAAAGGAGAAAUCAGAGUGGGGCCUAGAUAUCAAGCAGAUGUGCCUGACAUGCUUGCAGAAGGAGAAUUAGAUGACAGAGAACAGGCAAAGCUGGAAGUAAAAAUAUGGGAUCCAGAUAGCCCCCUUACAGACCGUCAGAUUGACCAGUUUUUAGUUGUAGCACGUGCGGUUGGCACAUUUGCGCGGGCAUUGGACUGCAGUAGUUCUGUCAGGCAACCUAGUUUACACAUGAGUGCAGCUGCUGCUUCCCGGGACAUCACACUGUUUCAUGCAAUGGAUACACUGCAUAAACAUAACUAUGAUUUGAGCAGUGCCAUCAGUGUUCUAGUGCCACUUGGAGGACCUGUCUUGUGUAGAGAUGAAAUGGAAGAAUGGUCAGCAUCAGAAGCUAGUUUGUUUGAAGAGGCAUUGGAAAAAUAUGGAAAGGACUUCAACGAUAUUCGACAAGACUUUCUCCCUUGGAAAUCGCUGACUAGUAUCAUUGAAUAUUACUACAUGUGGAAAACUACUGACAGAUAUGUACAGCAGAAACGCCUGAAAGCAGCUGAAGCAGAAAGUAAAUUGAAACAAGUAUACAUCCCCACCUACAAUAAACCAAAUCCCAAUCAAAUAUCCAGCAACAAUGGGAAACCUGCUACGGUCAAUGGAGCAAUGGGAGCCUCUUACCAGGCGCAGGCCUCACUAAUAGGGAGGGCUUGUGAAAGCUGCUAUACUUCACAGUCUCACCAGUGGUACUCUUGGGGUCCUCCUAAUAUGCAAUGUAGAUUGUGUGCAUCUUGUUGGAUUUAUUGGAAGAAAUAUGGUGGCCUGAAAAUGCCCACACAGACAGAUGAAGAUAAACUCUCUUCCAGCCAACCUGCAGAGGAAUCCCAUGUUAGAACCCAUAUGUCCCGGCAGGCCACACAAGGAACUCCAGUUCGUAACACUGGAAGUCCAAAGUCAGCUGUGAAAACACGCCAAGCUUUCUUUCUUCACACAACGUGCUGGACAAAACUUGCCCGUCAGGUCUGCAAAAAUACCCUUCGGCUGCGGCAGGCAGCAAGACGUCCCUUUGUUCCUAUUAACUGUGCUGCCAUUAAGGCAGAAUAUGCAGAUCGGCAUUAUGAAAUUGCUGGAAAUCCUCUGAAGAUCAAAAGCACCAGAAAACCACUGUCAUGUAUCAUUGGGUAUUUAGAGAUUCACCCUGCAGCGAAACCCAAUGUAAUCAGAUCAACUCCGAGCCUUCAAAGUCCAAGUACAAAACGGCUGCUUGCACCCCCCAAUCACUCUUCACUAAGUAUUUUGGGAAAAAGGAACUACAGCCAUCAUAAUGGUCUUGAUGAAUCAUCCAGCCACUCUACAAGAACAAUAAUGCAUGCUGCUCCCCGCGUUCAUAUAACUAAUGGCAAGUCCUUGCAAGCCAGUGCAAGUACCAUUAAGACAAGCGCCAUUCCAGUGAUAAAGAGACAGCGGCAAAAUUGGCUUGAUGCUUCAGAUGAUGGUUUCUUUAUAGCCACGGAAGAGACCAGCGCUGAAGCAGUUAGAAACCUUCUCACGGUAAGUGCAACUCCAUUGGGAAUGAGUUAACUGCAACUGUUAAAAUUAGAAUGUGAUCUUUAGCUGUUACCAGCAGACACUGCUUCCUUUUUGCUGAUAAAAUGGUUUGAGGCAUCCCUGUGCCAGUAUUAUCUAGGCAAUUUUCAUAUUCUUCACAUCAUGUUCUUCCUCUCGAACAUAAAAGCUUCCCUUGAUUUUUUGAGGUACUAUGUAAGGAUAUCACAGUGUUUAUGAUAAUUACUUGAUAGCACUCAUUUUUACUUAUGCAUGUCUCAUAAGCACACACAAAAGCUUAA